AUGAGCGCGGCCCUUCGCUUUCACGUGACUGCUGACCCGGCAGUGAACCGCGUUGCUGCGCUGGAGUGUGGCGUGCGGAGCAAUGUCUGCGGAGCAGGAAUGGCGGAUUAAUACAGCUUUCGCUGCGCGUUACGCACAGUACCGACGACGCGAGGAGCUGCAGCGGCUGCAGGAUCGGUAUGGGGGUACAGGUGAUGAUGAGUCGAGUUCCGAAACGGAGUCUAGUGAGGAGGAGGAGGAGGAGGAAGUUGACCCCAAACUGGAUCGUGCUUUUUACUGCACACUAGCCAUGUUGAAAACCAAGGACCCCCGGAUAUAUCAGAACGAUGUCACAUUCUACAGUGAGGAAGAUUCUUCAUCAACCAGUGACACUGAGAAGCAACCAGCAAGGAAGAGGAAAAAGCCCAUGUUUUUGAAGGAUUAUGAGAGGAAGGUCAUAUUGGAGAAGGCAGGCAAGUAUGAGGAUGAAGAGGAUGAGGAAGGAGUGGCAGACACAAAUCAAAAGAGCUAUGUGGAAGAACAGAGGCAACUCAAGCAGAGUUUCCAGAAGUUUGUGGCAGACAGUGAUGAUGAUGAUGAUGAUGAUGAUGAUGAUGAUGAUGAUGGCGCUGAAAAAAAGGGCAAAAGCGACAGUUCAUCAGCCCUGCUGCAGAAACGGGUCAAAAGCAAGGAAGAGAAAGUAGGGCAUGUGGGCGUGUGCAUGUGGGGGGAGGAAUGUGAGGAGGCCAACUAUAUCAGUUGGUUGAAAGGUCAGGAGAAGUCACAAGUAGGGGAGGUACUUCAAGACCUGGCACCUCUUAAAGAAUACUGGAAUGACCCAAAACUAGAUGAUGGAGAACGGUUCCUGCGAGAUUACAUACUAAACAAGCGGUACAAGGAGGCAGAUGAUAGGGAGGAGGAGGAGGAGGAAGAGGAAGGGCUACCUGAGGCACAACUGAAUGUGUCAGACUCAUCAGAUGAGGGCGAGCUGUUCCUAAAGAAGCAGGAGGAUUUUGAGAGGAAAUACAACUUCCGCUUUGAGGAGCCUGAAGCUGAACGGGUGAAUAGCUAUCCCCGCAUCAUUGCAACUUCAGUGCGCCGGAAGGAUGAGCACCGCAAAGAGAAGCGCCAGGAGACCCGGGAGCGCAAGAGGAAAGAGAAGGAGCGUAAGCAGGAGGAGCUGAAGCAGUUGAAGAACCUGAAACGCCGGGAGAUCCUGGAGCGACUUGCAAAGCUUCAUGAGGUCACUGGCAGUACAACCAGUAUCUUCCAGGAGAAGGAUCUUGAAGGGGAUUUUGAUCCCUCCCAUCAUGACCAGCUUAUGGAGAAAUUCUUUGGGGAUGAGUACUAUGGAGUUGAUGAGGAAGAGAAACCGCAGUUUGAGACAGAGGAAGGAAUUGAUGAUGAAUGGAAUUGGGACAAGUGGACAGGCAGGCAAGAAGCUGAAGCAGAAGCUGACACAUGGCUGCAGCAGGAGGAAGAGUACCAGCCACACUGUGAUGAUCCUGACUUCAUAAUGGAUGCCGAUUAUGACCCUACCCAGCAACCUGGCCCUUUGAAAAAGAAGCGGAAGCUGGAAGCUCCCCUUCUCGGCAAGAAGAAACGCAAGUCACAUUUUGCAGAGAGCAUUGGUCACAAAAAAGAACCUUUUAAUCCUGAGACAAAGACAUUUGAGCAGUACCUGGAUGAGGUCUACAACCUGCAUUAUGAGGAUCUGAUAGGAGACCUGCCCUGUCGUUUCAAGUACCGCACUGUGGUCCCUUGCAGCUAUGGACUCUCUACCGAGGAGAUUUUGACAGCCGAUGACAAGGAGCUGAAUCGUUGGUGUUCUCUGCGGAAAACCUGCAUGUACAGGUCCGAGAAGGAGGAGCUGCAGGACAAGGCUGUCUAUGAACAGAAAAGCCAAAAUGUCUGGAAGAAGAAACAGAUUUUCAGAUCCCUUCAGGCCGAGAUGGAGGAAGAUGAUGUCAAGAAACCUCAGGGCAAGAAAGGAAAGAAGGCCAGGGCGAAAGCCAAGCAUAAGGAACUGCCUUCUGAAGAGAUGCGGAUAGCUAGCCCUGGAUGUGAGGAGAAGGGACUCUUGCUUCCCAAGGAAGCCAAUGGCCUCAAGUCAGUGCCAGCCACAAAAAGGAAGUCAGAGGCUGCUGCCUUAGAAGGUCCUUGCACAGCCCACCCGUCUGUUCAGAAAAGAAAGAAGAGAGGCAGAAAGGGGCUGGUGCUGAGCACCAAGGUGCGGGUGGGGAGCUUUGAGUUCAGCCGCCAGCGGCUCCAAGCCUACAGUCUCAAUCCCAAGCGUCUGCAUUACCGCCAGCUGCUUCGUGAGAAGCGGAAGAAGCAGUCGGAGAGCCCCAAAGAAACUUCCCAGGACAGGACGGCAAAAUAGUUCAGGCCUGAUGAACUGCUGCUUCCUUGGCCUUAUAGUACAGCCCCACUGAGCUGCACAAGGCAACGUUGAUAACUGCCUCCUUUCCCCCAGCUGGGAAUUGUUGAUACCGUGUUUCCCCGAAAAUAAAACCUAACCAGAAAAUAAGCCCUAGCAUGAUUUUUCAGGAUGCUCGUAAUAUAAGCCCUACCCCAAAAAUAAGCCCUAGUUAAGAUCGUCAGCCUUGUGUGGACAGGGAAACAUGGUAGCCCGUCCAUUGCAGCGCAUGAUAGACAUAUUGAAUGAUAAAAUAAUGAUGUUAAUAUACAAUUAAAUAUAAAUAAAUAAUAUUAUUGACAUUAAUACUUAAAAUAAAUGAUAAUAUACAUUUUAAUUAUUUGUAAAUACCGAAGCGGGUGCCUUUGGACGAGAGGUAAAGGCCUGUGUAAACAGAUGUGGGAUUUAUUGCCGAAUGACCAGUCAGAGUACAGAUAUAAGGCAUGAAUAACAUCAAUACAUCCUGUGUUGUAAUGGACAUACUUAAUGCAUGGAUGCAAAAUGCAAGAUGGGUGCAAAAAGAAAGAGGUGUUCCAUUGAGUACAAGAAAGGAAUCAUGGAGGACUCUUGGGGCAAGAAUUUCAUGGCUUUUGUAAGAAAAAAUAAGAUAUCUCCUGAAAAUAAGUCUUUCGGAGCAAAAAUUAAUAUAAGACUCGGUCUUAUUUUCAGGGAAACACUGUAGCUACAAACAGUUGUCCCUAGAUGACACUCUAGUUUGUUUCCUAUGUUGCAAGCUCUGUGUCACUUUUCUCCCAUGGAAUAUGAACAAGUCAACUUGUUUAUGGAAUGAUUCAGAUACAUCCCACAUUUACUUCUCUUUGCAAAAGGGCUUUUUGUCUGUCUGCUAAGCCUUUGAGUAACAGGCAGCCCACCACGCUGGCUGCACCCACACUGGCCUUUCCUGUAAAUGCCAUCAUUGACUUCUUGCCCAGUAUCCAUCCGCAUUGUCAUCGCUUUGUAUUCCAUGGCCCUCUGUGUUGCCUUCCACAUAUUUCACAUCUGAUUUGUUGUGGGGGGAGGGUUACAAUAAAAUGCCUUUGCAGCCCCCUCUUAUCCUGUGGAGACUGGCAAAUACUCAGGCUUCUGCAGCGCUUCUACACCUUUGACAAAGAAUGUGCUCCUUCCAGGCUCACUUCCAGGAUAAGUGGUGUGUGGCCUGUUACUUGUCCUUGCUCACUUAACUGUUCCACUGCCAGUCUCCGCUUCCAUGGGAGUGUGAUGCCACUUUGUAAAUGGCAACAUACAAAGCUGAGAGAACACGAGAGACAUUGACAACUGAAGCAGCCUGUUGCUAAACCCCCAGUUGUGUUCCUCAGGAGGCACUAACAGUAGAUUCUUGUUACAAGUUCUGGGAAUUAUUUGUAAGUCAAUGGAAGAGGAUCCAGGCUAUGAAGGAAGGGCAUUCUGUACAGUACUACAUUAUAUGCAAAAGCGACAAUCCUAGGCAACUUUGGACAGAAAAAUGACCAACAUGCCCCUGCCAGGUUUGUCCUCUGUCUUAAUCUUUGAAUGCUGGAAUAUUCUCAAGAUAUUCCCUACCUGUGUAUCAUCACACAACUUCGUUGCAAAUUAAAGCAAUCAAAAUCUGUCUA